GAGUCCGCGGCAGCCUCCGCACGUUGGCACAUCAGGCGCGGCCUCGACAAAACCUGGCAGGACGAGCGUGAGCAGGACUUCGAGCGCCGGGCCGCGCCGGAUGGCGGCCGCGGAGAGACGGUCGCCGCCGAGCUGCGCAGCUAUGCAGAGCUCGGCGAGCUCCCGGGGCCACCAUUGCCGACACCCGGGCUGUCCGAUGGCCGCACGGCAAGCCUGCCCCCCUCGAGUUUACGCCGUCUCAAGCAUGUCGAGGCCGCAGUCGCCUGCGGCAUCGAGAGGGAGUGUGGCGUGGAUGUGUCUCGAGGCGUGGAUGUUUUCCGCUUGGUCUUGCCGAACCCGCAAAGCGGCGUGCGGACCACGACGAGGGUGCUCCUCGUCCAGACCGGAGAGGCAUUCCUUUGCGAGGAGCCCAUCUCCGAAGAUGCCUCCGAGACCGGUGUUCCGCACAGCUACCCGGCUGCUGAGGGAAGAGAUGAUCCACAAGACGGAGGGAGCUGGCUCGCCGUGGCACUGAUCUACUUCCGGGCGGUGCCAAAGCGCAGCCCCCUGUCCUCUAAAGUCGGGCGUGUCCCGGCUUUGCACGUCUCCAUAACUUUGGACGAUGGCACCGAGCAGGCCAUGGAGUUCAUCGGGGUGCACCAAAGGCGCUACUACGUGGAGGAUCCCGCGUCGGACGCGCUGGCGCAACACCUGACGGAGAGCCUUCUUCGGGUGGCCUUGGAGUUCAUCUUCCACCCAUCCCGCAGCCGCUUCGCCAAAGAGCGGGUGCUGCUGCGCGAGUGCAGCUUGGACAAGGAGGCGCGGCACAGCCGCGAGGAACUGCUACCCAGGAUGGUCGACAGCAUCCGUCAAUACAACGACAAGAUCAAGGAAGUGAAGCUUGAGAUGGGUGCACCACGCCCGCCCGCCAACGCCGCCCGAAAGGAGAAAAGCUUCCUGGCCCUGGACGAGGAUGUGUUGAAAGUGGCGCCUGCCAAAGAGCAGGUCCAGUCGGCGCCGCCCGCGGGAAGCGCGUUUCGCGGCAUGAAGACUGGCUUUCUGAACUCCGACAAGGCCAAGAAGCGUGGUCUUGCGUCGGCUACGGCUGAGGCCGGGGUAGGAGCCGCUGCUGCCUCCUCCUCAGCGGCCUCCUCGUCAACGGAGGGCCUCCGUCCCCAAACUACGACUCUGGACGGGUCGGCCAGGCCCCCUGUGGAGACAACUGCGGAGGAGAAGCGACAGCUGCUUCUUCCGGCCGCCGAGCCUGCUCCCAACGAAGCGCGGGCCAGGGAGGUCGCCUUGGCCCUACGUGCCGCUCCAGACGCAGCAGCGGAGGAGGAGCCAGACUCCCCCGAGGACGGAGGUGGACCGGCGAGCUUGACCGAGCUGGCCAACCAACUCUUUGGGGUGGCCAGGGUUAUGCCGCUCAGCCAAGAGAACUUGGCAAUGCUUGCAGCCCAGAACGAUCCAAGAAUCAUGCACGUUGGAGCAGUUAGCGAGCAACGCCUUGCCACUGGUAAUGUUCCAGGUCUAGGCUCCAUGAACUCUUGGAACAUGGUUCCAGGGCUAAGCACCCCAGCAUACUCACCGACAGAGAGAGCUCCUUCAAUGUUCUCUCCGACGUUCAAUGCCCAGAACAUAGACCGUAGGCAGCUCCAGAUGAAUCAAGUCGACGCAAGGCAAUUGGCGCUGAGCCAGGUUGACAUCCACGUCAACGCCGACACUGGGCCAGCCGUUGCCAUGGCCGCAGAGGCAGAGGCCAACGAAACCCCGUUGGAAGAGCUCCUGCAACAAGGUUGUGAUGAGGAACUGUGCGCCCUCAAAAACGGCACUCGCGCGUCGGCGGAUGCCUGCGUCAGGGCCAUGAUUUGGCGCAGCGAGAAGUUGCAAGAGAAGCCCACGCUCACAUGGUGA